GGUUAUGCUAAUAAAUUUAAACAAAACAUGACUUUUGUACUAAAAACGGCAAAAACUUUACGCAAUCAUUGGAAGAAGUCAACGUUUGCAGCCGUGGCCCUACUGUACGGCUUUGAAUACGCCAAGGAACGUUUCGAGACCCAAGAAUUGAUGCGUGUUUAUUGCGAAAAGGCGGCAAGAUUUGGUCUUGAACCAAUUCGUGUGGAGGCUGACCCCCGUAACGUUACGGUAAUUCUCAACCCCAAUGCCAAUAAGCGUAAAGCUGGUGAUGAAUUUGAGAAAUAUUGCGCCCCCCUGUUGCAUUUGGCUGGAAUUUGUGUCAAUGUUGUUAGGACAGAGUCAGAGGGGCACGCCAGGACUCUUAUCAAUGAUUUAAACGGGACUGAUGCUGUGGUUGUGGCUGGGGGCGAUGGGACUGUCUCUGAGGUGAUAACGGGGCUUUUGAGGCGUACGCAGGAAAACACCAACGGUUUGAUUCCAAUAGGUGUCUUGCCUUUGGGUAAAACAAAUUCUGUUGCUAAAAUUUUGUUUCCUUGUGGGAGUCAUUUGGAGAAGGUUCGCUCGUUGGCUGAUGCCACAAUGGCAGUUGUUGAAGAGGUUGUGAAACCUAUUAAUGUGUUAAAAGUUGAGGUGUUGGAAAAUGAAAACAAACCGAUUUAUGCAGUUUCUGGGAUCAAAUGGGGGGCUUACAGAGACGCGGAAACUAAAAGAGACAGUUACUGGCUUUAUGGCAAAUUUCGUAAUUAUGUGACUUACUUAUUUAACGGAUUAAGAAAUAACUUGUCUUGGAAUUGUUCAGCUGAACUUAAUUACACACCACCUUGUUCAGGUUGUUCAAAUUGUGCGAAACAGUCACAACAACAAAAAAAGUGGUUCCAGAGAUUUGCCAAAGACCAAAAGCCGGGUUUUUCGAAUAUUAUUAAUCCGGAAUGUCAGAUGAUUUAUCAAAAGUAUAUUUCAACGGUUGAUUUUAAUCUAGAAGUUGAAAGUGAACAAGUCCCGAAAUUGGUGGUCAAUGUUGGUCCGAAAAGUGUCAAUUAUUUCGAUUUUGUUAAAGAAGGAUGGAAGUCGGAAAAAGGAGAAAAAAGAAAAGUGAGGGAAAUAAUUGAGGCGAGAUCUGUGGAAAUUCAACCGAAAAUCAAUCAAAAUGAGGAGAAAUGGUUUUCCAUUGAUAAUGAAAAUUAUGAGCUGAAACCGGUCAGAGUUACGCUAUUACCGAAAUUAAUUAAUGUGUUUUGUAAAAAAGAAAAUUUGUAAAUAAAAUAAUUAAACUGCCCAAA